AUGUCGGCAUCAGUCAAAUAUCUCGUUGUCAUCAUCGAUCUAAAUCCAAUCUACUGGGCUGACAAAGUCUCAGCAUCGAAUACGUUAAAUUUUAAACAAUAUCUUAAUACGAUUAUCCAGUUUUGCAAUGCAUACAUUGCUUUCGACAUCAACCAUCGUUUGAUUAUAAUCGGCUGUUCGAAUAACGAAACAUAUUUUCUCUAUCCUGAUCCAGUCAACGAAUCUUUGAUUAUUCCAACUGUGACUAAAACGAAUCUGUUCGAACAGCUAUUCGUUGUCGAUCGGGUAGUGGAAAACAAUCUGAAAAAUUUCAUUCGUGAUGGCUCAUCGACAAGUCAAUCAGUGGGUUCAAUGAUAACCAUGGCCUUGACGCAAGCUCUUUGCUAUAUCAAUCGUAUCAUACGAGAUACUUUAGCAGGAGAGAAGAAUUCGUUUCGAAUCUUGAUUAUUCAGACAACAAAUGAUACAUCGAAACAAUAUAUGAAUUUCAUGAAUGCCGUGUUCACAUCAGAGAAGCUCAAUGUACCUAUUGACGGUUGUAUUCUUAACAAUGAAUCCAGUCUUUUACAACAAGCUUGCGAUUUAACAUCAGGAAUCUACCUUCGUGUACCAGAUCCAAAUGGGCUAUUGCAAUAUUUACUAUGGCUUUAUUUAACAGACAAGGAACUUCGUAAAAUGCUGGCAUUGCCGACGAAAAUGGCUGUCGAUUAUCGUCCAGCAUGUUUUUGUCAUCAUAAACUAAUUGAUACCGGUUAUGUUUGUUCGGUGUGCUUAUCGAUCUAUUGUGAUAAUACUUCAGCAUGUUCAACAUGUCGCUCAGCAUUUGAUGCUAAUGGAUCUACGGACGGGUCGAAACGACCACUGAGAUAA